UCGAGGAUGUAACAAAUCGCCCUUUGCAGAGGACAUCAUAUUGUAGCUUUUUCUUCCAGAGAACCCCCACAAAAUGUCUGAUGAUGAUAAGUUUUUCAAGCGAGAUUCGUCGUUUGUUCGAUUCUUCAACUACCCGAUUACUGCUUUUCGAGAAAAAUUUGUAGAGCCCAUGCAGAAAAGGAAUCCAUACCCUUACUACCACAGGAAAUUCCGACGAGUUCCGACAGUUGACCAGUGUGCUGUAGAUGAUCCCAUAUGUCUUUUUGAAGCUCAAGAGCAGUACAAAAGAGAUAAGAGAGUUGACCAAAACAUUGUAAAGAUCCUACGUCUUCGAAGAAAUGAGUGCAUGCAUUGGGAAGGUUCAGAUUUUAAAGUUCAUUGCAAAAAAGAGAUGGACGACUAUGAUGAAGGCUCCACUAAUUAUUUUAUAAAAUAUGGUGACAUAGGGGUCUCUAGUAAUGUCAGCGAUGCGUAUAUGAAACAGAAACAUCGUAUGGUUUGGGAACGACGCCAUGGCCCUGUCGGAAGUGGAAUGAAACCCCAGGAAUAAGUAAUUGUGUUGUUUGUUUAGAAAUACGUUGUCUGUACAUAGUUGAUGAGGACUUUAAAUCACACCUGUUGUGUUAUUUGUGCUAUAAUUUAGUAUAAAUACAUAUUGAGAACUUUUGCAAGGAAAACAUACCAUGAGGCAGUUGGCUGUUCUUAGUUGAAUGGGCUUGAAAAAAUUCAUGUAUGUAUCAAUGUCCUACCAAGUGCUAGUCCAAUUUUCAUCCUUUCCAAGUUCGAUCACUAAGAUUGUGACAGAUUUAUGGGACACCGUUUGCUUGGAUAAGCCUUGGGAUAGAUGCCAGUAUUCCAAGUAAAGACUCAAAAACUGAAUCCUACCACAAUUAAAUUAUUCUUAGUGUAAUCAUCUUUGUUGAUUGGGACUGGCACAUGGACAUUUAGAUGUUCAGAAAAGAUACAUUGGACAACUUUGUUGAUGACAAGCUGUUGCCUGUAUGAUUUGGAAUGCAGAUUAAUAAUAAAUGUAUGAA